AUGGCGGCACCGCGACUCCCAUUCCUAUGGCCGAUGCUGGCCAAAAGCAUUGAGGCAUCGAACCCGGCAGUCAGAUCAGCGAAAGCUGCUGCGCGCAUUCGAGCACUGCAUUCCUCCUCUCCUCGUCGACGACCUGAGGCAGUCCCUCAGCAGCCACGAUAUGGGACCGCAAACGAACCGCCGGCUCACCUUGGUGGGGGCAAGAAGUUGCCGCCUUCGACCUCGCAGGAGACCACGGAGCAGACCAAGUUACCUAAGAUUGGUGAGCGACUUCAGCGAGUCGGGGAGGCAGAGGUGAAGGUCCAGUCAGAAACACUAGAGUCGCAAAGCAACGCAACAGACAAGACACAGCCGACUACGGUGGACCCUAUGCUGGACUCAGCAGAUGCGCGGCCAUCCACGGACAGGCCAGCGUCUGUAGAUGUGCCUCCAAUCAAGCCGCUGGACUCUCUCCUGGAUCAAGUUCCAGAUCCUAGCAAACACGCAGAGGAGUCGGGCACGAAAGCAGCGCCGGAAGAGCAGAAUCCAGACGUUUCGUUCGAUGAACAUACCCCCUCCGCUAAAGCACCACACAUUGACACGCCUCGACACGUGCAUCAUUUCGACACCUAUGGUCUUGUUCGAAGUCUCGUCGAUGCAGGCUGGUCCGAAGCCCAAGCAAUUACGAUCAUGAAAGGAGUCAGGAUCGAGCUGGCAGACAAUAUGGACAUGGCACGAGACGCCCUGGUUAGCAAGUCUCAAGUCGAAAACGAGACGUAUCUAUUCCGAGCAGCAUGCGCCGAGCUCAAGACGGAGGUCACCACGAAUCGAAGAGCAGAGCAAGAGAAGAUGAGGACAGAGCGCACACAACUGCAGCAUGAGGUGGACAUUCUGUCGCAGAGGAUCGGCCAAGAAAGUGCAGUGCUCAAGGAUGAGCUGAAGGGCAUGUUUGACGACCGCAAGAUGUCCGUGAGGAACGAACAGCGAUCGAUGGAGUCGAGCGUGCAACGACUGAACUACAAAAUCACUGUCGAUCUAAAGGCUGACGGCGGUUCAGCGGUAGAGUCUGUACGCUGGGCACUGACGCGCCGUGCUGGUGCUGCGCUGUUCGUUGUGGUUGUCACGAUCAUUCUCGCUUUGAGACUGCAGAGCAAUGCAGCAUAUCAGCAGGAGCAAGAUGCGAAACGCAAAUCGCGGCAGAAGACAAGCAGCACACAGACAGAUGCUGGUUCAGGGUCCGGCGGUCGUGACAGUGGCGGCGGUGACAGCUCUCCUGCUCGACCAGAGUUGGUGGCUGGUGAGGUGUACAUCAAGGACGGUGACAAUCCAGCGUUGGUAACACUUGGGUGA